GUUCAUCUUUCUCUUCUUCCUUCACUCACAACCAGAUCCACACUCACACACAGUCUCAUUUUCUCAUCCACAUUUUCCCAAGAAAAUUCCCAUUUUCCAUGAAAAUCCCAAAACCCUAAAUUCACCAAAAUCAUCACAACAAUGGCAGUCACAGCCUCACCACCAUCAGUAACCCAAGAUCUCCUCAAUUCCCUUCCCAAAACCCUAAAACUCAAAACCAAACAACAAGAGCUUCUUCUCCGAAUCACAACCCUAGGUUUAAUCUAUAUCCUCGCAUUCAUCACUCGUCUCUUCAGCGUCCUUCGCUAUGAAUCCAUGAUCCAUGAAUUCGAUCCAUAUUUCAACUACCGCACCACUCUCUACCUCACAGAACACGGUUUCUCCGAGUUUUGGAAUUGGUUCGAUUCCGAUUCAUGGUAUCCACUCGGACGAAUCGUUGGCGGUACACUUUACCCCGGUUUAAUGCUCACUGCUGCUGGAUUAUACAAAAUUCUCCAUUUUCUCAGAUUUGCAGUUCAUAUUCGUGAAGUUUGUGUUCUUACAGCACCAUUUUUCGCGUCGAAUACUACCAUUGUAGCGUAUUUUUUCGGUAAAGAAAUAUGGGAUUCUGGCGCGGGGAUUGUCGCCGCUGCAUUGAUCGCGAUUUGUCCGGGUUAUAUAUCAAGAUCUGUUGCUGGAUCUUAUGAUAAUGAAGGAGUGGCGAUAUUUGCGUUGUUGUUGACGUUUUAUUUGUUUGUGAAAGCGGUGAAUACCGGGAGUUUGUCGUGGGCAUUGGCGUCGGCGUUUGGUUAUUUUUAUAUGGUUUCGGCGUGGGGUGGUUAUGUUUUUAUUAUAAAUUUAGUGCCGCUUUAUGUAUUGGUGUUGUUGGUUACUGGGAGAUAUUCGUUGAGGCUCUAUGUUGCUUAUAAUUGUAUGUAUGUUUUGGGAAUGUUGCUUGCUAUGCAGAUUAGGUUUGUUGGGUUUCAACAUGUUCAAUCUGGUGAACAUAUGGCUUCUAUGGGUGUCUUUUUCUUGCUUCAGGUAUUUUUCUUUUUGGAUUGGGUAAAGCAUUUACUCGGAGAUGUGAAACUGUUUCAAGCAUUUUUGAGGAUCACUGUAACUAGUGCAGUUGGUGUUGGUGCCGUUGCCUUGGGAGUAGGCAUGGCAUCUGGUUACAUAUCACCAUGGACUGGAAGGUUUUAUUCUUUGCUUGAUCCAACAUAUGCUAAGGAUCAUAUUCCAAUUAUUGCUUCUGUCUCUGAGCAUCAGCCUACUGCUUGGUCGUCCUUCAUGUUUGAUUUCCAUAUAUUGCUGUUCCUUUUCCCUGCUGGCCUCUAUUUUUGCUUCAAGCGCUUGACAGAUGCCACAAUCUUCAUAGUUAUGUAUGGUCUUACAAGCAUGUAUUUUGCUGGUGUUAUGGUUCGAUUAAUCCUCGUUGCUACUCCUGCUGUAUGCCUCAUUAGUGCUAUUGCGGUAUCUGCUACCGUGAAGAAUUUGACUCGGGUUGUUAGGGCGAAAGUCCAACCCGUACAGGGUGGUUCUGGUAAAGGAACUGGUGCUUCAAAAGGCUCUUCUAAGGGUGUAAUUGAUAACUCCCAGCCUUUCCAAAAGAACGGUGCUAUGAUGUUGCUUUUCGGUGCUUUUUAUCUGCUCAGUAGAUAUGCUAUUCACUGCACUUGGGUCACAUCUGAAGCAUACUCAUCUCCCUCAAUUGUCUUGGCUGCAAGGGGUGCCCACGGCCAGAGGGUCAUCUUUGACGAUUAUCGUGAAGCUUACUUUUGGCUUCGCCAAAACACUCCACCAGAUGCUAAGGUUAUGUCAUGGUGGGAUUAUGGUUAUCAAAUCACUGCCAUGGGAAACAGAACAGUUAUUGUUGACAAUAACACCUGGAACAAUACACACAUAGCAACUGUUGGGCGUGCAAUGUCAUCUUAUGAGGAUGAGGCUUAUGACAUAAUGAAAUCACUUGAUGUUGACUAUGUGUUAGUCGUUUUUGGUGGUGUUACUGGUUAUUCCUCUGACGAUAUUAAUAAAUUUCUAUGGAUGGUGAGAAUUGGCGGUGGAGUUUUUCCUGUAAUCAAGGAACCAGAUUACCUUGUCAAUGGAGAAUAUCGUGUAGAUAAAGGAGCAGCUCCAAAGAUGUUGAACUGUCUUAUGUACAAGCUGUCUUAUUAUCGGUUUGGGGAGCUGACAACAGAAUAUGGCAAACCACCUGGGUAUGAUCGCGCUAGAGGUGUUGAAAUUGGAAACAAGGACAUAAAGUUGGAGUACUUGGAGGAGGCAUUUACUACUCAGAAUUGGAUUGUUCGUAUUUAUAAAGUGAAACCACCUAAAAACAGGUGGUAAGUCUAAGCCCACCUCCCCGAAAAACAAAAAAAAAAAGUAAAAACAUAUAAGAACCUUUUUCGUGUGCGGGAAAUUAGCAUUCUAGUGAGAACUUGAGAGCUGAAAUUCUGUUAGCUAUUUUAGCAAUGUUUAGAUUGUGGACUAUUUUUUGAAGUAUUUAUAUGUAGAAUUCAGUUAAGUUAAUAUUGUGGAUUUUUAGAAAUUACUUUACAGUUUAUGUCAAUUGCACAAUUUAACAUA